ACGUUACAUGCAGAUCCGUUCAGUGCACACUGGGGAGAUGUUAUCAAGCUGGACUACAGCACAAAUAGCCUGCAGUAGAACUGGGAAAGAUCCUAAUUCUGGCAUUCUUCUUAUCAUGAAUGUCGAAGCUUUGAUUAAUGGUGUUGCACCAGUAGUGAUGUCCAAG